AUGCAAAUAUCUCCUCAACAACGCAUAGCUCCUUAUGCCCAUCACCAGCAAUUUACACAACCAUCUACAUUGUCUAUAUCACCAUCACAGCAACAACCCCCAUUAAUAUAUCCUUCUCCAUUACACUAUCAACAACAUCACUCUCACGCAAAUUCUCAUCAACGGCCCACUCAAACUCAACGUUCCCAACAACCUCUUCAGCCUCGACCAACUCUACGUUUUACCGGCCCUAUUCGCGGUGGCACUCCAAUGAACACGGUCGAGCAGUUCGUGACUGUCACUCCCGAACUGAAUAGCAAGUCUACCAGGAAACGCCGUAGGCCACCUUAUUCAUAUUCUUCGUUGAUUGCCCAGGCGAUAUUGAGUUCGCCAGAGAAGAGACUGACAUUGAAAGAAAUUUACAAAUGGAUUAUGGACAAAUAUCCGUCCAUGUACAAGCCCGAUGACACAGGUUGGCAGGCAAGUAUUGUGAACACGAUUCGCCAUAAUCUCUCCUUGAACAGAUGCUUCAAGCGAGUCCCACGAUCAGACACAGAACUAGGUCCAGGAACCAACAGCUCAAAAGGAAAAGGGGGUUACUGGACAAUAGACCCAGAACACAUGCAUUCAUAUCAUGAUGGUGUCUUUGCUAGAGGAGGCGUACAACGACGUCGUCCAGGUGAAACGACCUCAUCCACCGCUGCUUCCUCUCCCCAAUCUGCAGUCGUAGGAGACGACGAUGCUUCCGAUGCUUCCGAUGCUGACGAUGCCUCAGAUUGUGCCCAAUCCGAUUCGGCAAGACAAUCGAAAUCAUCUCCUGCUCCUACUAAUGAUACGUACAGUGACGGAGCUUUGUCUCCGUUAACUCCCGAAUCCAAUUCGCCUCCAUCACCGAUAUCGAUGACCGGUCAGUUGGGGUUAGAAAAGGAGAAGAAUAAUUCGCAUAUAGAUGUGGGUAAUCGUGACGUAUUCCAUAACGACGGGUUGAAUGUAAAUAAUAAUAUAGAUCAAAUAGACGUUUGGGGAAAAAAGAAAGUUGAAGUGAGAUCAUGCGGGAACGGGGAUAAGAAAAAAGACAAAGACGAUUCCUCCAAAGGGGCGAUGCUUAUUCGAAAUUUGUUAAAUUAA